UCAAUGGACAGAAUUCUCCAAGAACUCUUCCCUUCCGUCGCAGCCAGCAAAGAUGUCGUUCCCCCAUCUCUAGAUCCAGCCACCGGCGUCCAAUCCAAAGACGUUGAAAUCGCCUCGGAGAUCAACCUCUCCGCCCGGAUUUACCUCCCUCCCAAUGCCGAUCCUACCAAAAAGCUCCCGCUCCUCGUCUACUACCACGGCGGCGGCUUCAUCGUCGAAUCCGCCUUCUCCCCGCUCUAUCACAAGCACGUAAAUCACUUAGUCGCCCAAGCCAACGUCGUUGCUGUCUCGGUUAAUUACCGAUUAGCCCCUGAAUUCCCGCUCCCGAUCGCGUUCGAGGAUUCAUGGCGCGCUCUCAAGUGGAUCGCCGAGGGCGAGGAGGAAUGGAUCAACGAAUUUGCGGAUCUGAAGCGUGUGUAUUUAGGCGGGGACAGCGCGGGUGGGAAUACAGCGCACAAUAUUGCCAUGCGGGUCGGGUCGGAGAAUCCGGAGGGUUUUAAGUUGGAAGGGAUUUUCCUGAAUUGCCCCGCCUUUGGGGGAGUGGAUCCGAUUGGGCGCGAAACGGCGGAGGAGUUCAAGAAGUGGUUGGAUUUUUCUGAGAAGCUGUGGGGAUUUGUGUGCCCGAGCUUGAGGGAUCGCGACGAAGGAUGGGUGAACCCGGGUAAGGAUCCGAAGAUAUCGGGUUUGGGUUGCGGGAGAGUGCUGGUUUACGUUGCGGAGAAGGAUUUUCUGAAGGAUAGAGGGUGGUAUUACAAUGAGGUGCUGAGUAAUUGUGGAUGGAAGGGAGAAAUUGAGUGUGUUGAGGUUGCAGGUGAAGAUCAUGUUUUCAGUGUGUUUGGUCCAGAUACUCAGGUUGGUAUCGAUACGAUUAAAAAAGUGGCUUCCUUUAUUAAUCAGUAAAUGUGUAUUGUUUCCUAUGUUUAUGUUGAUGUCUUGAACAUAAAACUGAAAUAAUCACGGCUGUUUGGUUAUAUUAAUUUCUUAAGAUGUAGAACAAGGAUCGUUGUCG